GGUGCGCUGUGUCCCUUGGACACAGUGGAUCACCGAUCACAGAAAGAGCCGAAGAUGUCGGCUUGGUAAUGUGAUCAGCUGUGUCCAAUCAUAGCUGAUCACAUCAGUGCCACCUGUCAGUGUCCAUCAGUGCCUUAUGUCAGUGCUCAUCAGUGCCUUGUGCCAGUGCCCAUCAGUUCCACAUAUCAGUGCCUACCAGUGCACAUCAAUGCCACAUAUCAGUGCCCAUCUGAGCUGCCUUUCAGUGUCAUCCAUCAGUGGCAGUCAGUGCCACCUAUCAAUGCCAAUCAGUGCCACCUAUCAAUGCCAAUCAGUGCCACCUGUAAGUAAGUGCUGCCUAACAGUGCCAGUCAGUGCCCCCUACCAGUGCCAGUCAGUGCUGCCUAUCAGUGCCAUGUAUCAAUGCUGCCUUUCAGUGCCCAUAAGUGAUGCCUGUCAAUGCCCAUCAGUG